AUGUCGAAGAGCGGAUCCGAUGUGGAGACUGAUCUGUCCAAGGUCAAUAUGGAUCGUGGGGGCAAAUCAAAGAGGGAACGAUCUAGAGAUGUUGUUGCCAUGAUGGAGAAGCGGCUUUCUAAGAUGGAGAUUGCCGUGGUCGAGUUCGAUCAGCGACUCGAGGAGGACGUCCUUACGAAGGGUGGCUUCGAAGCUGUGGUGGAUGAGCUUCAAGGCCAAUUCCAAGGAGCCCUCAACUCCGCACUGGACAGCAUGCGGCUAGAUGUCCAAACCAAGCUAGAUCACUUCUUAGCGGAGCUUACAUCGCUUCGUGAGGAGGUGAAGGAUGUGAAGGGAGAUUGGGCUUUGUGCAAGGAAGCUGUCUUGAACAAGACCCGGACUCCGAAGGAACCCAAGGUGUUAGAUUCUUUCAAGCCCAAAUCCUAUAAUGGGAAGAGGGAGGCGAAGGAGCUAGACACAUUUCUGUGGAAUAUCGAAAGGUAUUUCAAGUAUCUGAAGCUCGAGGAUGAUGAGCCCAAGAUCAACACGGCAACGUUGUUUCUCACCGACAAUGCUCUCAUGUGUUGGCGUCGUCGAUCUAUGGAGAUCGAACAAGGUACGUUUACACUUGAGACUUGGGAUGAUUUUAAGAAGGAUAUUAUGUUGCAUUUCUAUCCAGAGAAUGCCAAGUAUGAGGCAAAGGAGAAGCUGAGAUGGCUAAAGCAAACUGGGAAUGUGAAGGACUAUGUCGCCAUGUUCACCAACCUUUUGUUCGAGGUGCCUAGCAUGACGGAUGAAGACAAGCUCAUGUACUUCAUGAGUGGCCUACAGAAUUGGGCCAAGUUGGAGUUACAAAGGAGACAUGUCCAAACCUUGUCAGAGGCGAUUGCUGCAGCUGAGUCUCUUGUUGAGUUCAAGAGGAAUGAUCAAGGCGACUCCAAGUUCAAAGGAAAGAAAAAUGGCAGUGGAUCCGGUGGGGAAGACAACGAGCCGAAAGAGGGUAGCAAGCCGGGAGACAAGUCUGACGGUCACAAGUCAUCCGGGAAGAAGAAUGACAAAGGUGACAAGGGGAAAGACAAGUCGAAGCUAGCUUGUUACUUGUGCGAUGGAGCGCACAUGAUGCGGGAUUGUCCGCGAAAGAAAGCUCUGAAUGCCAUGAACCAAGAGAAGGAAGAGGAGGCCGACAGGGAAGCAAGAAUGGGGGCCAUUCAUCGUUUCAAUGCUGUGCAGGCCAAAGUCGCUCAACCACAGGUUCAAGCCAAAGGUGUGAUGUUCGUCGACGCCAUGGUGAAUGGCAAGACAACCCGUUGCCUGGUGGAUACAGGUGCCUCGCACAACUUUAUGUCCGUGCAGGAAGCAAAGAGACUUGGGUGUCGAGUCUCGAAGGAAGCAGGCAGUAUGAAGACGGUGAAUUCAACUGCCAAACCGAUUGAUGGAGUAGCUCGUGGUGUGGAGCUACACAUUGCCACUUGGAAGGGAGUAGCUAACUUCUCCGUGAUCCCAAUGGAUGACUACGAUGUCGUGCUAGGAAUGGAGUUCAUGGACGAGGUAAAAGCAUUUCCCAUUCCAUUCUACAAUAUUAUGUGCAUUGCACAGGGUGGAGCAAUGCCAUGCAUGGUGCCAGUGGUGAGGCAACAAGGCGAGUCGAAGCCCUUGUCAGUCAUGCAAUUUUCCAAGUCUUGGAAGAAGGGCGAACCGACGUUCCUUGCAACUAUGAAGAUGGAUGUAGUUCAGAAGGAAGUCCAACCCGUCCCGAAAGCUGUGGAGGCAAUCCCUAAGGCGUUUGCAGAGGUCAUGCCCAAGGAGUUGCCCAAAACCUUACCACCUAGGAGGAAGGUGGAUCAUGCCUUCGAUGAGUCGAAGAGGGCACCGAUGGAGGAAUCAAUGCUGAGACUUCCUGAUCUUAGCAAACCAUUUGAGGUACACACUGAUGCAUCAGAUUCUGCUAUUGGUGGUGUACUCAUGCAGGAUGGACACCCAUUGGCUUUCAAGAGUCGGAAGCUCAAUGACAUGGACCAGAGGAUACGAGAGGGCUUGUUGCAUGAUCCCCAAAGUCUAUUGGAUCUUGUCAAAGAUGGGAAGACAAGAAGAUUUUGGCUCGAUGAUGGUGUUCUUUAUGCAACAAGGAAGAUGAUCUAUGUUCCAAGGUGGGACAAUCUGAGGCACCAUGUGAGUGCCAACCAGCGAGAUUGGGCAAAGUUGUUGGAUGUUGCUCAGUUCUCAUACAACUUGCAGCGGUCGGAGUCAACAAGGUCAAGUCCUUUCGAGUUGGCAACAGGACAACAACCUAUUACACCGAACACAGUGGUGUCAGGCUACACGGGGAGUAGCCCAGCUGCAUACAAGACAGCCAAGGAGUGGCAGGUGACUAAUGAGCUGGCUCGGGCUCAAUUGGAGAAGGCAACUCGGAAGAUGAAGAAAUGGGCGGACAAGCAUAGGCGAGAUGUUGUGUUCCAACCAGGUGAUAUGGUCUUCGUGAAGCUUAACCCCUCUCAACACAAGUCCACUAGAAAGUUACACAAGGCGUUGUUGAGGAGAUAUGAGGGCCCAUUUCCUAUCAUCCGAUCAGUAGGAAGAGCUGCUUACCGUGUGGAACUACCACCCCGAUUGAAGAUUCAUCCGGUGUUCCACGUGAGCAAUCUCAAGCCUUACCAUGCCAACCCCGAGGAGCCAAGUCGUGGAGAGUCUCAACGAGCCCCACCUUUGAUGGUGACUUCAUUUGACAAGGAGGUUGAGUGCAUCAUGGCCAAGCGAGAAGUGCGACGCAAGGGUGUACCGAGGUACUUUGAGUACUUUGUCAAAUGGAAGGGCCUGCCAGAUUCCGAAGGCAACUGGGAGAAAGAAGAGUCUUUGUGGAAGUACAAAGACAUCAUCGAAGCAUUCGAACGAGAAGGAUCUACCGCGGCGACGAGGACGUCUCCGGAUUAG